CCCCGGCUCGAGCUGAGUCUCGGGGACGCGCCGCCGCGAGACGCCAGUGCGGGCAACGGACAGAGGGACAGCGGCGCCGCUCAGCUCGAGCUCAGACCAGACCAGACCAGACCUCCCUCCGCACCGUGGGCGCUGGGCGCUGCUACUGGGGCCACGGGCACAAACCAUGAAUUAUGUUGGACAAUUGGCCGGGCAGGUAUUUGUCACGGUGAAAGAACUUUACAAGGGAUUAAAUCCUGCUACUUUAUCUGGCUGCAUCGAUAUCAUCGUUGUCCAACAGCCAGAUGGCAGUCUCCAGUGCUCCCCAUUCCAUGUUCGCUUUGGGAAACUAGGAGUGCUUCGAUCCAGAGAAAAAGUGGUGGAUAUAGAAAUCAAUGGAGAACCUGUACAACUGCAGAUGAAGCUUGGUGACAAUGGGGAGGCCUUUUUUGUUCAAGAGACAACAAAUAAUAAGGUAAAUGUUCCUUCACACCUUGCCACUUCACCUAUAAUAACUUCUGAAGGUGCUGCAUUGAUGGAGGCCGCAAUCGGAAGAAGCUUUCUUGAUAAGCAGAGAAACCUGGAAUCUACUGGAACCUUGCAAGCUUCAACAUCUGUUCACAUUACACCAUCUUCUUUAGAAAACCAAUCGAGCAGCAGCUCUGCGAAGAAAAGAAGAAAAAAGAGACGCAAAUCAAGGCUUGAUAGCAUAAGGAGAGAUACUGUUGGUGAUACGUCAGAGAAUGAAGACAUGUUUCCUAUUGAAAUCAGCUCUGAAGAAGAGGCGGAAUUAACUGAGACUUCAACAAGGAACUCAACACAUAUGCACAGUGACCAACAAGUGCGGGCUAGAGGCUUGGUUAAUAUAACUCAGUCUUCACUGCAUCCCCAUUCAGACAGUGAAUGUUCAUCCAGGCGCAGUCUGCCUGUAGAAAGCAAGCAAUUGACGUCACGUGUUUCAGUUACCGUUACUGGAGGCUUGUCUAGCUCUUGUCCACAACCAGAGCCUCUUUAUCCAUCAUUGCUCAGUCAUUCAAGAUUUUGCUCUCCUACGCCAAAUAGUGAUUCCGAAUUGGUCAACAAGUCAUCGGAAAGAGGGAUACGUAAUACGGAAAUGCACUGGGCUUGGGGAGAACUACCUCACACUGCCAAGCUCAUUACUCGUCAGAAGGCAGAAGAACUUAACAGGGUAAACAUUACGCCGUCAGGAAACACUCACUUCAGGACAAUUGACAGUGACCCAUUUGUAAAUUCUCACGACAAUUCGACUCCCCCGCCAUUAGUGAAACCUGAGCCUUUAACAGUGGGAGAAGUUAUGUCGCAGUCUAUGGACAAUUUCACAUGUAGUUCAGAACACUUUGAACCUCCCAUAGCAAUUGCUCCAUUGGUUCAAGAAAAUGAGGAGUCGAACGAUACUGGGAAUCUGAUUAAGCCAGUCAAUAAAACUGAUUCCCCAUCCAAGAAGAAAGAUAAACGAAGUCACCACCUGGGUGCUGAUGGUGUCUACCUGGAUGAUAUCAAUGAGAUGAACCCUAAAGUUGCAGCGCUUUAUUUUCCAAAAUGUGAAAACAAUGCAGCUGGUCGAAACUGGUCAGAACAUGAAGUACAUUCGGAAAGUCUGUCACCACAGUCAGUAGGAAGCUCUGGAGUGGACAGUGGUGUUGACAGCUUCUCUGACACUCUUGGGGACUUGCCAACUAUUGCUAUUUCACUCUGUGGUGGGCUAAAUGACUACAAAGAAAUAACAAAUGAACAAUUUAUGAGGAGUUCAAUAUCAUAUCAAGAGUUUGCAGUGAAUCCAGGAAUCAUUGAUGAUCCCAAUCUGGUGGUAAAGAUUGGAAGCAAGUAUUAUAAUUGGUCAACAGCUGCUCCUGUGCUUCUUGCAGUUCAGGCAUUCCAGAAACCAUUGCCAAAGGCAACAAUGGAAAAACUAAUUAAAGAAAAGAUGCCCAAGAAAGGAGGCAGAUGGUGGUUUUCAUGGCGUGGAAAAAAAAACAGUAUAAAAGUGGAACCAGAAAUUGAACAGAUCCAAAGUAGGCAGGAUGCAAGACAGCAAUCUACACUCCCUGGAAGCAGGUUAAAAGAUGAAUCAUCAUCAAGUGAUGAAGAUGUCAGAAUGAUCAAUCAUAUUAGUAGUGUGGGCCAGCAAGAUCACGAUCUGUCAUCUUCGUCCUGCGUUUCAUAUGUGAAGUCCCUUCGACUUGUCUCUGACCAGCUCAAAAGACUCCAACUAAGGGAAGGCUCAAAUGAUGUAAUGUUCAGUGUCACCACACAAUAUCAGGGCACAUGUCGGUGUGAAGGAACUAUCUACCUCUGGAACUGGAAUGACAAAAUUGUUAUUUCUGAUAUUGAUGGAACAAUUACAAGAUCUGAUGCUUUGGGGCAUAUCUUACCCACACUUGGUAAGGAUUGGACGCAUCAAGGCAUAGCAAAGCUUUACCAUAAAGUGAGCCAAAAUGGAUACAAGUUCCUGUAUUGCUCAGCACGAGCCAUUGGGAUGGCUGAUAUGACUCGUGGAUAUUUGCACUGGGUUAAUGAAAAGGGAACAGUCUUGCCAAAAGGCCCUCUAUUGCUGUGUCCCAGUAGUGUAUUCUCAGCAUUGCACAGAGAAGUAAUCGAAAAGAAGCCUGAAAAGUUCAAGAUUCAAUGCCUAACAGACAUCAGGAACCUCUUUUAUCCAAAUAAAGAGCCCUUCUAUGCUGCCUUUGGAAACCGAUCGAAUGAUGUUUACUCUUAUAAACAAGUUGGUGUCCCAAUAAACAGAAUUUUUACAGUCAAUCCUAAAGGUGAACUAAUACAGGAACAUGCAAAAACCAAUGUUUCAUCUUACGUAAGGCUGAGUGAAAUAGUUGACCACGUGUUCCCUCUACUGAAGCGAGAACAAUCCUCUGACUUUCCUUGUUCGGACAUCUACAGCCAAUUCGCAUACUGGAGAGAGCAGCUACCUGCUGUGGAAAACCGGGACCUUCAAGCUUCCCCGAGUUUAACAUGAAAGCAUCAUGAAUUGGUUUUUGUAGCUUAAAGGAAGGCAGGCAGACAGAUAGGCAACGUUCUCACUGUUUUACGCUGUCAUUUCCUCUUCCCCUGGCUUUAUGGAAGCAGGGGAGUUCCUAUGCUGUCACUGAGCAUUUUACUCCAUUCGUUGUUAAGAAUCUUGCAGAGUGAAGUCAUUUGGAGAUGAGUUGCAUCUUAAGCACCAGUUUUUAUUUUGUAAAAGAAGUUGUUUAAGUUAUUGACAUUUUUGUACCAUCUGGUCUAUUGCUAUCACAGUUACUUUAAGAUCAUUCUCCUCAUUUAAUCAUUUAUCAUUGUGGAAAUAACAGUGUUGCACUCAAAUUUACUAUUUAUUUUUCUCAACAAACAGAACCAUGAUUAUUUAUAGAAUGCAUUUUUAAUAAUUAGUUUGAGACACUUACUUUUGAUCCGGCUCACAAGAUGCUUCAGUAAACAUUGUUUCAAAGACUGAACUAGCUUAAUCAUUUGUCUUCACCAGAUGUUUUUCACCCACCACCCCCACACACAUCUACCUCUUUUCCUCUCCUGAGGGCAGUGACUCCAGCUGGCCUAUAGUUCUGCAGCUGGAAGCUGUGGUUUACAACUGCACCAAUUUUCUCAUCCACCACUCUACGUACAUUCACUUUGUCAGGAAUAAUAUUUCACAAGCAAGUGCAGGAGCAGCUGAAGUCGGCUUUAGCCUGCUUCAGCAUAGGAUGUCCAUUGAAACCGGAAAAUUUUGUUGGUAGAUAGUUACUUGAUUAAAAUGAGGAUAAAUGAUUUUUGCAUUUUAAUUUAUAAGUAGUUUUUGCAUAUACUAAUGCAUAGGAUUUAACUUUCUGCAGAAAAUAUAAUGAAUAGGCGAUGCUUCUCAUAUGUUCUUAAAUGCAAUACAGAUACAUAUCUUGCAAAUAUUUUUGUAAUUAUGGCAAAAUAGUUGUAAUACAGAUCUAUAUUUUCUAAAAGCAGAGUAUAUAGAUGCUGGAAAUCUGAAAUAAAAAUAAAAAUGAUGGAAACUCAGCAGAUCAGGCAACAUCCAUGGCAUCUGAGAAACAGUAAACAUUUCAAAAUGAUGACCGUCAGAUACCCAAUGAAGAUCAAUGUCAUGAAAUGUCCACCAUUUCUCUCUUCACUGAUGUGAUCUAAUUUGCUGAUCACUUCCUGCAUUUGAGUGUCUUUAAGCAUAUCUUUCCUGGAUGGCUAUAGAUUCAGUUUAUGAUAGUGUUUUGGGAUUGUUGCCCUUAUUGCAGCCUGUAAUUCAGGGUAUCUUGGAAGAAUACAAUCAAGGGUCUUGUUCCCAGGCCUGUCCAAGGACUGCACUGUGGAACGUGGUUGGAGGAGUUGAUGUAAUUCACUCAACCGUCUUGUUUAGUAAAUAAGCAACAGACCCAAGUAGUAGAUCUGUAAAUGAAUUUGGCUGUUUAAAGAGAGAAAUUUUAAAUUGGAAAGGAUAAUCUUUCAGUGAGCUUGCUACAUAAUUUGACUGAUUCUCUUUUCACAUUGAUUAUUUUAAGAACUCUUUGAACUCCAAUAUGGAACUACCUAAUCAUUUGUAAGGGGGAUGCGAGUUAUAAAAUGAAUCCACAAAUGACAUUUGGCUUGGCUCUAGAAUAGUAUUAAAAAUCAGAAUAUUUCCUAUGCUCUUUCAUAUAUGCUGAUAUUGUCACAAUUUGGAAAUCGCGGUUCUUGUGAUGCAUGCAAGGUUAUGACCGUGGGCUUUAUAACUGUGACUAACAUGGGAAAAGUUGGGCCCCGAGCUUAAUGCAGAGGGUAUUUUCUUUCUAUGAAAGAUAAAUAAUUGAAGCUUUGUUUUCAAAUCUAUUGUUCUGCUACAUUUAUGAAAACUAUCACAACUCCUGUGUACUGAAUUGCAGUGUUGCUGGAGAUAAAUAAAAAUUUCAAUAAAUACAGAUCAUUAUACUAUU